AGGGGAGGAGGCGGACACUCUGUAGCAGCAGGUUUGUGAGCGCAGAAGCUGGAGGAGGAAUCAGAGCGAAAGAAACAGUGUGGCUGCAGUGAGGAAGGAGAGACACAUACAGAGAGAGAAGGACAGAGAGAACGGCCUCACCUUUUUGCUGACCCAUGAAAGAAGCCAUGCCGGUCCUCUCAGCAGGCACAGGCCUGCACGAGACUCUGGCCCUGUUGACAUCCCAGCUGCGUCCUGAUGCCAACCACAAGGAGGACAUGGUCUUCCUCAAAGAUGUCUUCAGUGAGAAGAGCCUGGGCUACCUCAUGAAGAUCCAUGAGAAGCUGAGACAGUACGAGCGCCAGAGUCCUACACCUAUCCUUCACAGCGCCGCCUCUUUGGCUGAGGAUGUGGCAGAGGAGCUGCAGAGUGGACCAAUGAGUGUUGAGGAGAAGGAACUCCUACAGCUGUUGAUGUCCCCCCAUCUCAAGGCAGUUUUGUCCGUUCAUGACACGGUUGCCCAGAAGAACUUUGACCCCGUGUUGCCACCGCUGCCUGACGACUUCGAGGACGAGCUGGAGGAGGAGUCAGUGAAGAUCGUCAGACUGGUCAAGAACAAGGAACCACUGGGGGCCACCAUCAGACGGGAUGAGACCACAGGGUCUGUGAUCGUGGCCCGCAUCAUGAGGGGCGGGGCCGCAGACCGGAGUGGACUGGUCCAUGUAGGAGACGAGCUGCGGGAGGUCAAUGGCAUCUCCAUCAUUCACAAAAGACCUGAUGAGAUCAGUCAGCUUCUGUCCCAGUCUCAGGGCUCCAUCACCCUGAAGAUAAUCCCAGCCGUUAAGGAGGAGGACCAUCUGAAGGAGAGCAAGGUCUACAUGAGGGCCCUGUUUGACUACAUCCCUGCUGAUGACAAGGCCACGCCCUGUCAGGAGGCGGGACUUCCCUUCAAGCGAGGUGACAUCCUGCAGGUGGUAACCCAGGACGACCCCACCUGGUGGCAGGCCAAACGGGUGGGCGACAGCAACCUCCGUGCUGGACUCAUUCCCUCCAAACUCUUCCAGGAGAGACGGCUGGCUUACCGGAUAAAAAUGGGCACACUUCCGAACCCUAAAUCCCCUAAAAAUCCGACCUAUGACCAGGGAUGUGACAAAGAGGACUGUGAUUGUGAGGGCUAUUUCAAUGGACAGUACAUAGUCUCUCCUAAGUGUAAAGCAGUGGCGCCCUCCUGUGGCCAGGUGUUUUCCUGGGAAUUUUAUUCAGCGGGUCUGAGGAGGAGUUUCCGUCUGAGCCGAAAGGACCGGUCAGGAUCCCUCGGAGGAGGGGCCACCCGCGACCCCACCGAUCCAGACUUUGCCACCUACGAGGAGGUGACUCGCUACCAGCACCGGCCCAACGAGAGACCCCGCCUGGUGGUUCUGAUCGGCUCCCUUGGAGCUCGUAUCAAUGAGCUGAAGCAGAAGGUGAUAGCAGAGAACCCACAUCGCUAUGCUGUGGCCGUACCGCAUACCACCAGGCCCAAGAAGCCUCAUGAGAAGGAGGGGGUGGAGUACCACUUUGUCACCAAACAGGCGUUUGACGCGGACGCUCUGAGCAACAAGUUCAUAGAGCAUGGGGAGUACAAGGAGAACCAGUAUGGUACCAGUAUAGAGGCCAUCCGCUCUGUACAGGCCAAGAAUAAGAUGUGCCUAGUGGACGUGCAGCCAGAGGCUUUGAAAACGCUGCGGACAUCUGAGUUCAAGCCCUAUGUCAUCUUCGUCAAGCCGCGCGUCCCGGAGAGCAGACGCCGUCGUAGUGCUGCCACCUCACCAGCAGGGGGAGAUCAUGGGCGAGUGACGGAUGAGGACCUGCAGGAAAUGCGUCAGUCAGCCCAGCAGAUGGACCAACAGUACGGCCACCUGGUCGACCGGGUCCUAAUAAAGGAGGACUCAGCCAGCGCCUGCACAGAACUCCGAGGCAUUCUGGAGCGGCUGGAGCGUGAGACCUUCUGGGUGCCCCUCUGCUGGGUGCGAACCUAACCCCCCUUUCCCCAACCACCACUCUCCAGAGGGGGCAUCACAGCCCCCAGCCCUUCUUCCAGCAGGAACCCUAUCCUACCCCCUCAUCCCUUUCCUGAUCUCCUGGAUCCCUUCCCCUUGGCUCAAUGGGCCAGCUUGUGGGGUGUGGAGGAUACUGCCCCAAAACCUGUCCUGAUACCUGAUGCUGGGCCAGCCACACACUGGCACUAUGGGAGGAGGGCAUGUGGCAAAACCCUUUGGAACAUUUCUGUGUUUGAGAUGUUCAGAGGGAAAGACUGUUGUCCUGGCUGCCCCCCCCACCCCACACACACACACCCCCACCCCACCCACACAGCCCCACCCCACCCACACACACACACACCCACCCCCACCCACACACACACACACCCCCGCCCCACCCACCCACACACACACACACACACACACACACCCCUGCCCCACCCACACACACACACACCCCCGCCCCACCCACACACACACACACACCCCCGCCCCACCCACACAUGUACAGUACAUGCAAUCCAUUGUUCAAAUUCGGGUUUUCAUAUAUAUAUAUUUUUUUGUUGUAUUAUUUAUGUCACUCAGCCAGUCAAUCAGUCAGCCAGUCAAUCAGUCAGCCAGUCAAUCAGUCAGCCAGUCAGCCAGUCAGACAAACAUACAGACAUCUUUAUUGUGGCCCCAUGUGGAGUAUCAUCUGUAGCUUUCUUUGGCCUGCAGUGUCGAGUACUUGAGUUUCCCCUUAAUAUAAUAAUACAUGUAUAUGCCAUUUAACACACAUUUUUAUCCAAAGUGACUUCAAAUCAAAAAAUGGAUACAGGAAUCCUGCAGGAAACACAAUUCCUUCACAAAGACAACAUGACUGUUUUGUAAGGUUUCCUCACUUAGUGUUUCCUUGCCUAUUUCCGUUGCUCGUUGAUACAAUGCAUUCUGAGUGAGGCCUAGCCAUUGUUAUUAUGUUAUUGAAAUGUUAUCCAAAAUCCAAUCCACCUGCUUCCAUUAUACCUGGAGAAGGAGUAUAAAUACAUACAUAGUAUUAUUAACCAACACACUCUGUAAAUAGUACAGUAGUAUAGAUGUAACGGUACAGAAAUAUGGAAUGUGAAAUAGAAUAUUAUUUCAUAAUGCUUUUUUUGAUCAAUUAUUUUAUGACUUGGAUGUGUUUUAAGGAAGUGCACGACAGUUGAAUUAUUUAAUCGCAGAUGUAAAUAUUGCACAUGCAAAUCCUACCGUGCCAACGAACGAGCUCAUAGCACUUCAAUGCAACCUGUUGAACUUCGACCCUAAGUGUCUAAUCCGGUCUAAUCUACAGUAGGUGUGAAUUACUUCAAUUCUGAGACACUGGGUGUGUGGAUGUCAUGUACACACACAAGUGCACUAAAACAUGCUAUGCUCCUUUUUGUGUAGAUAGGAAUGCCCUUUGUAUAGCUGACAUCAGACACGUUUAAAGAUGCAGGUGCAGUGUGGGUAAUAGGGUUUUGGGGAGGGGGGUGUUCUAUGGUCCAUCUUGACAAUCAGGGUCCUUGUUAAAUUGUUCUGUAUGAGUAUUUAUCUACAGGUGAGGACUCUGGGAUUAGUGGGAUAUGGACUCAUCCAAGUGUGAUUGUGGGUUGGCCUGCUCCAAGUGUGAUUGCGGGUUGGCCUGCUCCAAGUGUGAUUGCGGGUUGGCCUGCUCCAAGUGUGAUUGCGGGUUGGCCUGCUCCAAGUGUGAUUGUGGGUUGGCCUGCUCCAAGUGUGAUUGUGGGUUGGCCUGCUCCAAGUGUGAUUGCGGGUUGGCCUGCUCCAAGUGUGAUUGCGGGUUGGCCUGCUCCAAGUGUGAUUGUGGGUUGGCCUGCUCCAAGUGUGAUUGUGGGUUGGCCUGCUCCAAGUGUGAUUGUGGGUUGGCCUGCUCCAAGUGUGAUUGUGGGUUGGCCUGCUCCAAGUGUGAUUGUGGGUUCAAGCCGUCAUUAUAAAUACACACAGAUGUGACGUGUUUCUUUUACGUUACCUUGGUGUUUACAGAAACAAUGUUAGAAGCCAGUUCAAGGUUACAAGGUAAUACACAAGAAAGAAACAAUGACUCGCGCUAGUCAAACUGUUGUUACUUGACUGAAGCAGUCAGAAAGGUAUAUUGGCUCUGUCGCUCUGAGCUACUGGUGAUCUUUGAUUAGAGGCAUCAUAGCUCUGUGCUCUUUCUUUGUGUGUGGGUGUGGGUGGUUUCGUGCGUGUGUGUGUAGGUGUGCGUGGACUUCAAGUCUUGUUAAAUUGUGGAGAACUGAUAAACUAUCAACAGAUCCUCCUUUCCACCAAUUCUAAUCCGGUUCUCUUUUUAACAUGCAAUGUGUUCUUAAUCUUUUACUGUGCUAUGUAAACCAAUAAACCCCGAAUGUUGACUUUGUAAUGUGACAUGUAUAAAGUGCCAUAGUAAAACCAGAUGAACCAAG